CUACGCCGCUGCGUCACUGGUUUGCAGGCGCUUUCCUCUUGGAAGUGGAGACUGCUGGGGGGCUGAGCGCUGGUCUCACGCGCCUCGGGAGCCAGGUUGGCGGCGCGAUGAGGCGCAGCAAGGCCGACGUGGAGCGGUACAUCGCAUCGGUGCAGGGAUCCACCCCGUCGCCUCGACAGAAGUCAAUAAAAGGAUUCUAUUUUGCAAAGCUGUAUUAUGAAGCUAAAGAAUAUGAUCUUGCUAAAAAAUACAUAUGUACUUACAUUAAUGUGCAAGAGAGGGAUCCCAAAGCUCACAGAUUUCUGGGUCUUCUUUAUGAAUUGGAAGAAAACACAGACAAAGCUGUUGAAUGUUACAGGCGUUCAGUAGAAUUAAACCCAACACAAAAAGAUCUUGUGUUGAAGAUUGCAGAAUUGCUUUGUAAAAAUGAUGUUACUGAUGGAAGAGCAAAAUACUGGGUUGAAAGAGCAGCUAAACUUUUCCCAGGAAGUCCUGCAAUUUAUAAACUAAAGGAACAGCUUCUAGAUUGUGAAGGUGAAGAUGGAUGGAAUAAACUUUUUGACUUGAUUCAGUCAGAACUUUAUGUAAGACCUGAUGACGUCCAUGUGAACAUCCGGCUAGUGGAGUUGUAUCGCUCAAAUAAAAGAUUGAAGGAUGCUGUGGCCCACUGCCGUGAGGCAGAGAGGAACAUAGCUUUGCGUUCAAGUUUAGAGUGGAAUUCGUGUGUUGUACAGACCCUUAAGGAAUAUCUGGAGUCUUUACAGUGUUUGGAGUCUGAUAAAAGUGACUGGCGAGCAACCAAUACAGACUUACUGCUGGCCUAUGCUAAUGUUAUGCUUCUUACGCUUUCCACUAGAGAUGUGCAGGAAAGUAGAGAAUUACUGGAAAGUUUUGAUAGUGCUCUUCAGUCUGCGAAAUCUUUGGGUGGAAAUGAUGAACUGUCAGCUACUUUCUUAGAAAUGAAAGGACAUUUCUACAUGCAUGCUGGUUCUCUGCUCUUGAAGAUGGGUCAGCAUGGUAGUAAUGUUCAAUGGCGAGCUCUUUCUGAGCUGGCUGCAUUGUGCUAUCUCAUAGCAUUUCAGGUUCCAAGACCAAAGAUUAAAUUAAUAAAAGGUGAAGCUGGACAAAAUCUGCUGGAAAUGAUGGCCUGUGACCGACUGAGCCAAUCAGGGCACAUGUUGCUAAACUUAAGUCGUGGCAAGCAAGAUUUUUUAAAAGAGAUUGUUGAAACUUUUGCCAACAAAAGCGGGCAGUCUGCAUUAUAUGAUGCUCUGUUUUCUAGUCAGUCACCUAAGGAUACAUCUUUUCUUGGUAGCGAUGAUAUUGGAAACAUUGAUGUACGAGAACCAGAGCUUGAAGAUUUGACUAGAUACGAUGUUGGUGCUAUUCGAGCACAUAAUGGUAGUCUUCAGCACCUUACUUGGCUUGGCUUACAGUGGAAUUCAUUGCCUGCUUUACCUGGAAUCCGAAAAUGGCUAAAACAGCUUUUCCAUCAUUUGCCCCAGGAAACCUCAAGGCUUGAAACAAAUGCACCUGAAUCAAUAUGUAUUUUAGAUCUUGAAGUAUUUCUCCUUGGAGUAGUAUAUACCAGCCACUUACAAUUAAAGGAGAAAUGUAAUUCUCACCACAGCUCCUAUCAGCCGUUAUGCCUGCCCCUUCCUGUGUGUAAACAGCUUUGUACAGAGAGACAAAAAUCUUGGUGGGAUGCGGUUUGUACUCUGAUUCACAGAAAAGCAGUACCUGGAAACGCAGCAAAAUUGAGACUUGUAGUUCAGCAUGAAAUAAACACUCUAAGAGCCGAGGAAAAACAUGGCCUUCAACCUGCUCUGCUUGUACAUUGGGCAAAAUGCCUUCAGAAAACGGGCAGCGGUCUUAAUUCUUUUUAUGAUCAACGAGAAUACAUAGGGAGAAGUGUUCAUUAUUGGAAGAAAGUUUUGCCAUUGUUGAAGAUAAUAAAAAAGAAGAACAGUAUUCCUGAACCUAUUGAUCCUCUGUUUAAACAUUUUCAUAGUGUAGACAUUCAGGCAUCAGAAAUUGUUGAAUAUGAAGAAGACGCACACAUAACUUUUGCUAUAUUGGAUGCAGUAAAUGGAAAUAUAGAAGAUGCUAUGACUGCUUUUGAAUCUAUAAAAAGCAUUGUUUCUUAUUGGAAUCUUGCACUGAUUUUUCACAGGAAGGCAGAAGACAUUGAAAAUGAUGCCCUUUCUCCUGAAGAACAAGAAGAAUGCAAAAAUUAUCUGAGAAAGACCAGGGACUACCUAAUAAAGAUCAUAGAUGACAGUGAUUCAAAUCUUUCAGUGGUCAAGAAAUUGCCUGUGCCUCUGGAGUCUGUAAAAGAGAUGCUUAAUUCAGUCAUGCAGGAACUCGAAGCCUAUAGUGAAGGAGGUCCUCUUUAUAAAAAUGGUUCUUUGCGAAAUGCAGAUUCAGAAAUAAAACAUUCUACACCGUCUCCUACCAAAUAUUCACUAUCACCAAGUAAAAGUUACAAGUAUUCUCCCAAAACACCACCUCGAUGGGCAGAAGAUCAGAAUUCUUUACUGAAAAUGAUUUGCCAACAAGUAGAGGCCAUUAAGAAAGAAAUGCAGGAGUUGAAACUAAAUAGCAGUAACUCAGCAUCCCCUCAUCGUUGGCCCACAGAGAAUUAUGGACCAGACUCGGUGCCUGAUGGAUAUCAGGGGUCACAGACAUUUCAUGGGGCUCCACUAACAGUUGCAACUACUGGCCCUUCAGUAUAUUAUAGUCAGUCACCAGCAUAUAAUUCCCAGUAUCUUCUCAGACCAGCAGCUAAUGUUACUCCCACAAAGGGCCCAGUCUAUGGCAUGAAUAGGCUUCCACCCCAACAGCAUAUUUAUGCCUAUCCACAACAGAUGCACACACCGCCAGUGCAAAGCUCAUCUGCUUGUAUGUUCUCUCAGGAGAUGUAUGGUCCUCCUGCAUUGCGUUUUGAGUCUCCUGCAACAGGAAUUCUAUCGCCCAGGGGUGAUGAUUACUUUAAUUACAAUGUUCAACAGACAAGCACAAAUCCACCUUUGCCAGAACCAGGAUAUUUCACAAAACCUCCGAUUGCAGCUCAUGCUUCAAGAUCUGCAGAAUCUAAGACUAUAGAAUUUGGGAAAACUAAUUUUGUUCAGCCCAUGCCGGGUGAAGGAUUAAGGCCAUCUUUGCCAACACCAGCACACACAACACAGCCAACUCCUUUUAAAUUUAACUCAAAUUUCAAAUCAAAUGAUGGUGACUUCACGUUUUCCUCACCACAGGUUGUGACACAGCCCCCUCCUGCAGCUUACAGUAACAGUGAAAGCCUUUUAGGUCUCCUGACUUCAGAUAAACCCUUGCAAGGAGAUGGCUAUAGUGGAGCCAAACCAAUUCCUGGUGGUCAAACCAUUGGGCCUCGAAAUACAUUCAAUUUUGGAAGCAAAAAUGUGUCUGGAAUUUCAUUUACAGAAAACAUGGGGUCGAGUCAGCAAAAGAAUUCUGGUUUUCGGCGAAGUGAUGAUAUGUUUACUUUCCAUGGUCCAGGGAAAUCCGUAUUUGGAACACCGACUUUAGAGACAGCAAACAAGAAUCAUGAGACAGAUGGAGGAAGUGCCCAUGGGGAUGAUGAUGAUGACGGACCUCACUUUGAGCCUGUAGUACCUCUUCCUGAUAAGAUUGAAGUAAAAACUGGUGAGGAAGAUGAAGAAGAAUUCUUUUGCAACCGCGCGAAAUUGUUUCGUUUUGAUGUAGAAUCCAAAGAAUGGAAAGAACGUGGGAUUGGCAAUGUAAAAAUACUGAGGCAUAAAACAUCUGGUAAAAUUCGCCUUCUAAUGAGACGAGAGCAAGUAUUGAAAAUCUGUGCAAAUCAUUACAUCAGUCCAGAUAUGAAAUUGACACCAAAUGCUGGAUCAGACAGAUCUUUUGUAUGGCAUGCCCUUGAUUAUGCAGAUGAGUUGCCAAAACCAGAACAACUUGCUAUUAGGUUCAAAACUCCUGAGGAAGCAGCACUUUUUAAAUGCAAGUUUGAAGAAGCCCAGAGCAUUUUAAAAGCCCCAGGAACAAAUGUAGCCACAGCGUCAAAUCAGGCUGUCAGAAUUGUAAAAGAACCCACAAGUCAUGAUAACAAGGAUAUUUGCAAAUCUGAUGCUGGAAACAUGAAUUUUGAAUUUCAGGUUGCAAAGAAAGAAGGGUCUUGGUGGCAUUGUAACAGCUGCUCAUUAAAGAAUGCUUCAACUGCUAAGAAAUGUGUAUCAUGCCAAAAUCUAAACCCAAGCAAUAAAGAGCUCGUUGGCCCACCAUUAGCUGAAACUGUUUUUACUCCUAAAACCAGCCCAGAGAAUGUUCAAGAUCGAUUUGCAUUGGUGACUCCAAAGAAAGAAGGUCACUGGGAUUGUAGUAUUUGUUUAGUAAGAAAUGAACCUACUGUAUCUAGGUGCAUUGCGUGUCAAAAUACAAAAUCUGCUAACAAAAGUGGAUCUUCAUUUGUUCAUCAAGCUUCGUUUAAAUUUGGCCAGGGAGAUCUUCCUAAACCUGUUAACAGUGAUUUCAGAUCUGUUUUUUCUACAAAGGAAGGACAGUGGGAUUGCAGUGCAUGUUUGGUACAAAAUGAGGGGAGCUCUACAAAAUGUGCUGCUUGUCAGAAUCCGAGAAAACAGAGUCUACCUGCUACUUCUAUUCCAACACCUGCCUCUUUUAAGUUUGGUACUUCAGAGACAAGUAAAACUCUAAAAAGUGGAUUUGAAGACAUGUUUGCUAAGAAGGAAGGACAGUGGGAUUGCAGUUCAUGCUUAGUGCGAAAUGAAGCAAAUGCUACAAGAUGUGUUGCUUGUCAGAAUCCGGAUAAACCAAGUCCAUCUACUUCUGUUCCAGCUCCUGCCUCUUUUAAGUUUGGUACUUCAGAGACAAGCAAGGCUCCAAAGAGCGGAUUUGAGGGAAUGUUCACUAAGAAGGAAGGACAGUGGGAUUGCAGUGUGUGCUUAGUAAGAAAUGAAGCCAGUGCUACCAAAUGUAUUGCUUGUCAGAAUCCAGGUAAACAAAAUCAAACUACUUCUGCAGUUUCAACACCUGCCUCUUCAGAGACAAGCAGCGCUCCAAAGAGCGGAUUUGAGGGAAUGUUCACUAAGAAGGAGGGACAGUGGGAUUGUAGUGUGUGCUUAGUAAGAAAUGAAGCCAGUGCUACCAAAUGUAUUGCUUGUCAGAAUCCAGGUAAACAAAAUCAAACUACUUCUGCAGUUUCAACACCUGCCUCUUCAGAGACAAGCAAGGCUCCAAAGAGCGGAUUUGAGGGAAUGUUCACUAAGAAGGAAGGACAGUGGGAUUGCAGUGUGUGCUUAGUAAGAAAUGAAGCCAGUGCUACCAAAUGUAUUGCUUGUCAGUGUCCAAGUAAACAAAAUCAAACAACUGCAAUUUCAACACCUGCCUCUUCGGAGAUAAGCAAGGCUCCAAAGAGUGGAUUUGAAGGAAUGUUCAUCAGGAAAGGACAGUGGGAUUGUAGUGUUUGCUUUGUACAAAAUGAGAGUUCUUCCUUAAAAUGUGUGGCUUGUGAUGCUUCUAAACCAACUCAUAAACCUAUUGCAGAAGCUCCUUCAGCUUUCACAUUGGGCUCAGAAAUGAAGUUGCAUGACUCUUCUGGAAGUCAGGUGGGAACAGGAUUUAAAAGUAAUUUCUCAGAAAAAGCUUCUCAGUUUGGCAAUACAGAGCAAGGAUUCAAAUUUGGGCACGUGGAUCAAGAAAAUUCACCUUCAUUUAUGUUUCAGGGUUCUUCUAAUACAGAAUUUAAGUCAACCAAAGAAGGAUUUUCCAUCCCUGUGUCUGCUGAUGGAUUUAAAUUUGGCAUUUCGGAACCAGGAAAUCAAGAAAAGAAAAGUGAAAAGCCUCUUGAAAAUGAUACUGGCUUCCAGGCUCAGGAUAUUAGUGGCCAGAAGAAUGGCAGUGGUGUGAUUUUUGGCCAAACAAGUAGCACUUUUACAUUUGCAGAUCUUGCAAAAUCAACUUCAGGAGAAGGAUUUCAGUUUGGCAAAAAAGACCCCAAUUUCAAGGGAUUUUCAGGUGCUGGAGAAAAAUUAUUCUCAUCACAAUACGGUAAAAUGGCCAAUAAAGCAAACACUUCUGGUGACUUUGAGAAAGAUGAUGAUGCCUAUAAGACUGAGGACAACGAUGACAUCCAUUUUGAACCAGUAGUUCAAAUGCCCGAAAAAGUAGAACUUGUAACAGGAGAAGAAGAUGAAAAAGUUCUGUAUUCACAGCGGGUAAAACUAUUUAGAUUUGAUGCUGAGGUAAGUCAGUGGAAAGAAAGGGGCUUGGGGAACUUAAAAAUUCUCAAAAACGAGGUCAAUGGCAAACUAAGAAUGCUGAUGCGAAGAGAACAAGUACUAAAAGUGUGUGCUAAUCAUUGGAUAACGACUACAAUGAACCUGAAGCCUCUCUCUGGAUCAGAUAGAGCAUGGAUGUGGUUAGCCAGUGAUUUCUCUGAUGGUGAUGCCAAACUAGAGCAGUUGGCAGCAAAAUUUAAAACCCCAGAGCUGGCUGAAGAAUUCAAGCAGAAAUUUGAGGAAUGCCAGCGGCUUCUGUUAGACAUACCACUUCAAACUCCCCAUAAACUUGUAGAUACUGGCAGAGCUGCCAAGUUAAUACAGAGAGCUGAAGAAAUGAAGAGUGGACUGAAAGAUUUCAAAACAUUUUUGACAAAUGAUCAAACAAAAGUCACUGAGGAAGAAAAUAAGGGUUCAGGUACAGGUGCAGCCAGUGCCUCAGACACAACAAUAAAACCCAAUCCUGAAAACACUGGGCCCACAUUAGAAUGGGAUAACUAUGAUUUAAGGGAAGAUGCUUUGGAUGAUAGUGUUAGUAGUAGCUCAGUACAUGCUUCUCCAUUGGCAAGUAGCCCUGUGAGAAAAAAUCUUUUCCGUUUUGGUGAGUCAACAACAGGAUUUAACUUCAGUUUUAAAUCUGCUUUGAGUCCAUCUAAGUCUCCUGCCAAGUUGAAUCAGAGUGGGACUUCAGUUGGCACUGAUGAAGAAUCUGAUGUUACUCAAGAAGAAGAGAGAGAUGGACAGUACUUUGAACCUGUUGUUCCUUUACCUGAUCUAGUUGAAGUAUCCAGUGGUGAGGAAAAUGAACAAGUUGUUUUUAGUCACAGGGCAAAACUCUACAGAUAUGAUAAAGAUGUUGGUCAAUGGAAAGAAAGGGGCAUUGGUGAUAUAAAGAUUUUACAGAAUUAUGAUAAUAAGCAAGUUCGUAUAGUGAUGAGAAGGGACCAAGUAUUAAAACUUUGUGCCAAUCACAGAAUAACUCCAGACAUGACUUUGCAAAAUAUGAAAGGGACAGAAAGAGUAUGGUUGUGGACUGCAUGUGAUUUUGCAGAUGGAGAAAGAAAAGUAGAGUAUUUAGCUGUUCGUUUUAAACUACAGGAUGUUGCAGACUCGUUUAAGAAAAUUUUUGAUGAAGCAAAAACAGCCCAGGAAAAAGAUUGUUUGAUAACACCUCAUGUUUCUCGGUCAAGCACUCCCAGAGAGUCCCCAUGUGGCAAAAUUGCUGUAGCUGUAUUAGAAGAAACCACAAGAGAGAGGACAGAUGUUAUUCAGGGUGAUGAUGUAGCAGAUGCAACUUCAGAAGUUGAAGUGUCUAGCACAUCUGAAACAACAACAAAAGCAGUGGUUUCUCCUCCAAAGUUUGUAUUUGGUUCAGAGUCUGUUAAAAGCAUUUUUAGUAGUGAAAAAUCAAAACCAUUUGCAUUUGGCAACAGUUCUGCCACUGGGUCUUUGUUUGGAUUUAGUUUUAAUGCACCUUUGAAAAGUAACAAUAGUGAAACUAGUUCAGUAGCCCAGAGUGGAUCUGAAAGCAAAGUGGAACCUAACAAAUGUGAACUGUCAAAGAACUCUGAUAUCGAACAGUCUUCAGAUAGCAAAGUCAAAAAUCUCUUUGCUUCCUUUCCAACGGAAGAAUCUUCAAUCAACUACACAUUUAAAACACCAGAAAAGGGAUUUAAUUUUAGCCUUUUUAAAUCUAAUCCCAUGGCCUUUUGGACUAGCACCCCUUCCUCACAGCCUGAGAGCAAAGCAAAAGAGAAGAAAAAACCUGAAGAUUCUCCCUCAGAUGAUGAUGUUCUCAUUGUAUAUGAACUAACUCCAACCGCUGAGCAGAAAGCCCUUGCAACCAAACUUAAACUUCCUCCAACUUUCUUCUGCUACAAGAAUAGACCAGAUUAUGUUAGUGAAGAAGAGGAGGAUGAUGAAGAUUUCGAAACAGCUGUCAAGAAACUUAAUGGAAAACUAUAUUUGGAUGGCUCAGAAAAAUGUAGACCCUUGGAAGAAAAUACAGCAGAUAAUGAGAAAGAAUGUAUUAUUGUUUGGGAAAAGAAACCAACAGUUGAAGAGAAGGCAAAAGCAGAUACGUUAAAACUUCCACCUACAUUUUUUUGUGGAGUCUGUAGUGAUACUGAUGAAGACAAUGGAAAUGGGGAAGACUUUCAAUCAGAGCUUCAAAAAGUUCAGGAAGCUCAAAAAUCUCAGACAGAAGAAAUAACUAGCACAACUGACAGUGUAUAUACAGGUGGGACUGAAGUGAUGGUACCUUCUUUCUGUAAAUCUGAAGAACCUGAUUCUAUUACCAAAUCCAUUAGUUCACCAUCUGUUUCCUCUGAAACUAUGGACAAACCUAUAGAUUUGUCAACUAGAAAGGAAAUUGAAACAGAUUCUACAAGCCAAGGGGAAAGCAAGAUAGUUUCAUUUGGAUUUGGAAGUAGCACAGGGCUCUCAUUUGCAGACUUGGCUUCCAGUAAUUCUGGAGAUUUUGCUUUUGGUUCUAAAGAUAAAAAUUUCCAGUGGGCAAAUACUGGAGCAGCUGUGUUUGGAACACAGUCAGUCGGAACCCAGUCAGCCGGUAAAGUUGGUGAAGAUGAAGAUGGUAGUGAUGAAGAAGUAGUUCAUAAUGAAGAUAUCCAUUUUGAACCAAUAGUGUCACUACCAGAGGUAGAAGUAAAAUCUGGAGAAGAAGAUGAAGAAAUUUUGUUUAAAGAGAGAGCCAAACUUUAUAGAUGGGAUCGGGAUGUCAGUCAGUGGAAGGAGCGUGGUGUUGGAGAUAUAAAGAUUCUUUGGCAUACAAUGAAGAAUUAUUACCGGAUCCUAAUGAGAAGAGACCAGGUUUUUAAAGUGUGUGCAAACCACUUUAUUACUAAAACAAUGGAAUUAAAGCCCUUAAAUGUUUCAAAUAAUGCUUUAGUUUGGAUUGCCUCAGAUUAUGCUGAUGGAGAAGCAAAAGUAGAACAGCUUGCAGUGAGAUUUAAAACUAAAGAAGUAGCUGAUUGUUUCAAGAAAACAUUUGAAGAAUGUCAGCAGAAUUUAAUGAAACUCCAGAAAGGACAUGUAUCACUGGCAGCAGAAUUAUCAAAGGAGACCAAUCCUGUGGUGUUUUUUGAUGUUUGUGCGGACGGUGAACCUCUAGGGCGGAUAACUAUGGAAUUAUUUUCAAACAUUGUUCCUCGGACUGCUGAGAACUUCAGAGCACUAUGCACUGGAGAGAAAGGCUUUGGUUUCAAGAAUUCCAUUUUUCACAGAGUAAUUCCAGAUUUUGUUUGCCAAGGAGGAGAUAUCACCAAACAUGAUGGAACAGGCAGACAGUCCAUUUAUGGAGACAGAUUUGAAGAUGAAAAUUUUGAUGUGAAACAUACUGGUCCUGGUUUACUAUCCAUGGCCAAUGAAGGCCAGAAUACCAAUAAUUCUCAAUUUUUUAUAACACUGAAGAAAGCAGAACAUUUGGACUUUAAGCAUGUAGUAUUUGGGUUUGUUAAGGAUGGCAUGGAUACUGUGAAAAAGAUUGAAUCAUUUGGUUCUCCCGAAGGGUCUGUUUGUCGAAGAAUAACUAUCACAGAAUGUGGACAGAUAUAAAAUCAUUGUUUUUCAUAGAAAAUUUCAUCUGUAUAAGCAGUUGGAUUGAAGCUUAGCUAUUACAAUUUGAUAGUUAUGUUCAGCUUUUGAAAAUGGACGUUUCCGAUGUACAAAUGUAAAAUUGCAGCUUAUAGCUGUUGUCACUUUUUAAUGUGUUAUAAUUGACCUUGCAUGGUGUGAAAUAAAAGUUUAAACACUGGUA